AGCAGAAGCACCAGCAGCACCACCACCACCAACCAACGUUGCCUCAUCUUCUCGAGCAGUGCUUGGGGCGAUGGCGAGGGUGCACCCUGGAGCUAGAGGCAUCGAGCUGGGGGAUUCUGGGUCGGUAGCCUUCAGCAAGGACGGUGAAACGGCGCAGGAAGAGGCCGGAGCAGUAGCCUCUGUGCUGACCGUGUGGCGGCGGUCGCUCCUCUUGAACGGGAAUGGAUUCACGGUGUUCGACGCGAAGGGAAAGUUGGUGUUCAGGGUUGAUAACUACGCCUCCGGGAGCAGGACGGAGGUCGUCCUCAUGGACGGCGUCGGCGAGCCGCUCCUCACGGUUCGAAGAAAGAGAAGCUCAAUAGCUCUGCCGCUCGCAACUCUUACACAGAAACUAAGUCUAGGAGAGCAAUGGAUGAUCUAUGAAGGGGAAGAUAGAGCUAAUCCUCGAUUCGUGGUGAAGAGACAUUUGAAUCCCCUCUAUUCGAGGGCACUGGCGCGAGUCACACCCUGUGCGUCCGAUGCCAAGUCUUGCCAGGGCUACAAGGUCGAAGGCUCUUACGCGCAGCGCCGCUGUGCCAUCCUUGACGAUGAGCGGCAGCGAGUGGUGGAGAUGAAGAGAAAGGAGUCUGCCAAGGGCGUUUCUUUCGGGCUCGACGUCUUCCACUUGAUCGUGCAGCCAGGCUUCGAUGCCUCAGUAGCCAUGACUAUCGUGCUGCUCCUUGAGCAGAUGUUUGGGUCCGGAGCAUCACUGCUGAAAAUUGGCAAAUCAUGAAUAAACACAGAGAAAGACUGGAGGUGACUGUCCAUUAAAUUACGAACAAAUGAAUUUUUAUCUGCUUUAAAUUUUAAUCCAUAUAUAAUGAACGAAAGGUUCUUGUUCAUUUUAACCCUCAUAU